AUGCCGAUCCGAGCCGAAUGUAAACAGGAAACUAAUUGUACAUAAUAACCAUAUAAAUAAGCGUAUUUAAAGCGUAUUUAAGUUAUCUACUGAUAACUUAAAGAAGCCGGUAUUUACCGGAUUAAACACGUAUACAAUCGAUCGUUUAGUGUUGGUGGUUUGUACAGCAGACGAUUGUUUGUGUAAGCUGAGCAUUGUAAAACAACGAAGUGUAAAACUAUCGGAUACCCUGACAUUGGUUGACCUGUGCAGUGGGAAUAAGUGACCCACUUAGCAAACAUUAGAUUAGUUAACCAUACUGUUUACAUCUAUUAGAGCAAACAGGACUAUAUGAUAAUUAAGAUUCCGCGAACGUACCUUAUAUCUCAGCCAUUAACUACAAUAUAUACUUAUCUAAACCAUGUUGGUGACGGAGCUGUACAAGCGUUUCCCCGUGCUGGUCACGUGCUGGGCAUUCAUGGAGGUGAUGUUGUUUGCGGGCAUGAUCUUCGGUUGGGCCUCGCUCGUAUUCAUAUUGAAGGAGGAGCGCUUUUACGUCGACGCAUGCUCAAAACACGACCUCACUUCCGGUCGAAUUGAAAUUGCUAUAAACAGCAAUUCUUCGGGGCUCGCUAGUCUGUACGAAGUAGAUUCCAACCAAGGGUCGUCUAAAAACGUCUCAAAUAUAACAGACGAGAAAGGGUCGUUACAUAAUUUCAUUAACCAGGGUUGUGCUGAACAGGAGUCGAAACUUAACCUGUGGUUCUCCAUUGCGGUCAGUUUCAUGUACCUUACCUUUACGGGCAUUGGGUACUUGAUCCGUUUUCUGGGGACUCGGACGACUCGAUUUAUAUUUUAUGCUAUUUACCUCACGGGAACAAUGUGUUUAGCCUUUGCAACUCCAGAGACGCCCUGGUUGCUGCUUCCCGGUCUGGCGUGUAUGGGAACCGGCGGUCUGACAAUGCUCGCUACCAACCUCCAGGUCGCAGAUCUGCACCCACACCUGCGAGGGACCAUCGUAGCCAUCUUCACGGGCCUUUUCGACUUCUCGUCUGUCAACAAACAGCUCAUAAGGAUAGCAUUUGAAAGUGGAAUCGCCCGUCGCUCUGCCUACAUCUUUUACGCCCUUCUUUUCGCCAUCAUAAUCGCCAUCAGCACGUGUUUUUUCCUGCCCGUGAGGAGCAUCGACGCAGAACACCUCGAAAAUAUCAAACGCCGUCGCCGACAAAGAGCAGGCUCGGAGAAACUCGAUAAUUUACCGGAGAACGCACUGGUCCACCAGGAGACCGACCUCAUCCCUUCGAUGGAAAUGGAGGUGAACGGUCGUGCUGAGAAUGAAGUUGGUCUGCUGAAACCAGAGGACAAAGACUUGGCGUCUUCAGGACUAAGCAAUACGGACGAGGUCAAGCCCGGUGUCAUGUCCUCCAUUUUGACCUUGACCUUUAUCCUCCACCUGUUCUGGUUGUUCGUCCAUGCCGUGAGGUUCGUGACCUUCAUUGGACUGAUGAACGUGUGGCUGGAGAAAAUAUACCAGGGAGAUGAGGCCAAAGUCGGUGAGAUGCUGGGAAUUUACUCCUACAUGACCAUGGGCGCCAUCGGAACAGCCUUGCUGUGCGGCUCUGUGUAUGACUACAUCCGCAAGAAGUACCUUAACUCCAGUCCCAUCAAGCGCGUGUACGUUCCGGUUGUGUUGCCCAUGUGCCUGGUGAUAUGUUACUCCAUGGCGACCACCGUCAUGUGCAUGAUCCCCAACGUAGUGGCGCCAUACAUCGCCUUUACGUUCUUCACAUUCUUGCGCUCGGCUUUAUUCACAGUUGCCGUUGCGUUCGUCGGAGAUGCCUUUCCAGUGGAUCACUUCGGUGUGAUGUUCGGCUUUCUUCAAAUGUCUGCGGGUAUAGCUGGCCUCGCCCAGUACCCGCUAUUCCAGUGGUUCGACGCCUACGCGGGCUCCGCACUUCAUUUGAACAUAAUGCUGCUGGUCCUUCAAGCACUCACCUUCAUCCAUCCCAUAAUUCUCUACAUCCGGGGCACCAGGGACGGUAAAUCAGUUUAGAGUAACCCCAAUUGAGUGGAGAAUACCUUUACGUCGAUCGCGCAAAUGACGCCAUUUUAAACGGACUUGUUAACAGAUUUUCAUAUAUUUAAAAAAUGUAAUGAAAUAUGUUUACUAAAAAUCUAUACUAUUUUAAUUAUCUUAUUACAACAGCAAGUAAAACAGUUGAAAUAUGCCAUCUAACCCGGACAUUCUGGAGGGGAAAGCUAGAGCGCUACCACUGCGCCAUGCUGGCUUUCAUACUUAUCAGCGAAUUUAAACUCUAUGUUAGUACUACGCGAACUUUCCAAAUUAACGUGGAAAAAGCUACACACGCGAUAUUAUUUUCCAGAUUUCGAAUGAUGAUUAUACAUUUAUAAGCCAAUAUUUUAAACAUUUUCUUAGUCAGGAUUAUGGUUUCGCUUGUUUACACAAAAUGUAUGUACAAUGUAUUGUUUUAUUAAUAUUUUACACUAUUUUGAAGCGUGUAGUUUUAUAAAAAUAUGAAAUAGUGCCUUUAAGAAAAAAAAAGAAUGACGCUCUGGCGUUCUUAUAUUUUUAUAUAUAUUAUAUAUAGUUCUUAUAUUAUAUUUUUCGGAGUUCAAUGCCCCAGAUAAUUAUUUGCUUAAUAGGGUUUUCACCCAUCGAUUUUGAAAAAUAGGGUGAUUUCAUUCUUGAAAUAGGGUGAAAUUAUUUAUAAAAAUGCAUACCUUAAAAUCAUUGCUGCUUUACUUUUGUUGAAGCUGCACACUUGUAUUGAUUCAAUAAAACUGUAAACUAUCAUAAUUAACUUUAAUAAACUGAAGUUUCAUAACAUCUUUAAUCCUUGAAACUGUCCAUAAUAUAAACUUUAAACUUAAAAGAAAUCGAUAACACGAAUUAUUCCGCACUUAUUGGCUCUUGCUUUCUUGGUUCGAAAAAGUUUGCAAUCGACUGAUAUUUUGGCGCAACAAUCGCGGACGUCUUUCAACCUCUCUUAAACAUUUUGAUUUCGCAUCCUAAUAGAAACUGAAUGAACAGACGCUUUACAAAUACAUGCACAAUGAGCGACGAAUUAUGUCAGAUUGAAAACGCAUGUAUGUCUUCGUCAAUUAUUUGGUCAGACGCUUUACUUAACUGUGGAAUCUAGUCCGCAGAUCGCUUUAAUAAUUUUGACUGCUCCGUUAUCCUAGCGCUUGCUGAAUGAAAGCGUCGCCGUGUAAUGAUAAUAAUGCCACAGUUAAGAGAAAAUUCCGAAAACGAGCAAAGCAUUUUCGAUCGAAGCUAUUGCAUCGUACGCAUCAAAUUUGACGAAUUUGCGUAAAAGUCAAAUUGGUUGCGUUUUCAAUACGCAUGAUAUUGUAUUUCUUUGCAUUUUAAAACAUUUUAAUAGGGUUAAAGACGCAGAUACGCAGCUUAUCUGGGGCACUGGUCAGUUGUUCACAAAAUUUAGUCCACUUACUUCGGUGUGUGUGUUGUAAACGAGGGAGAUUGUGGCUUUAAAGAGGUUUUGUAUGCCACGGUUAUAAAAUGGUUGUUGAUUUUGUGAUUUGUACACUUGUGUUAAGUAUUAUAUACCCCAUACCAAAUUAUUAAAUGGUAGCCGUUAUGAAAUCAUGAAAAAAGUCAUUGUAUGUAUUGAAUUGAAAUAUGUAAGGAGCGGUUCGUUGAUAUAUGCAGAUAUUAUAUAACUGUUCAUGUUAUACAAGUAGUAUGAUUCUGGGUGUAUGAUAUUGUACUUAAGUAUAGUCAACUUGACAAGUUGCUUGCAAUAUACGAUAGUGUUCAACAAUUCAAUUAUUUUUUUAUAUCUAUAUGUUUGCGGUUUUAUAUAAAAAUGGUAUAUUAAAUUGAUCAAUUGUUUAUUACUCAUUUUGAUAAUGCCUGAACAUGUUAAAAAAAUCAAGAUGUUUUCGAAGGUUCAAUCUGAGUUGCAUUCUCGAAGAUGCUUGCUUAUUUAUUAGGAUAUGUGUAUAAUUUACAAAGCUUAUAUAUAUGUUAAAAUUACAUAUUUGCAUUGAUCAGCAUUAUACUUGUUUACAGCAUCAAUUUGACAUAUACAUGUAUACAGGGUUGCAUUUAAUAAGGCUAUCACAUGAAGAUUGUGUACAUUUCUUGCGUUAUAUUUCAGGUUAUGUAUAUGCUAAAUUUUUCAUAAAUUUACCUUUAUGUGUAUAAUUUCAAUGACAGUCAUUGUAUGUCCUCAUUUUUAAAUUGUUUUGUGUUGUUGGUGUCUGUUUAUUUUUUGUUUUUUUUUAGUCUGUUACACGUAUUUAAACGUGACAUGACUGUUUAGUAAUGUUGAUUAUAAUGUUUUGUUGUGUGGUGUUAAAGUUGUGUUUUCUAUCAUAUGAUGGGUUAAAUAUUGAAGUAAAAAAUAUAUUUAAAAUAGUUUUACAUGGUAAAUCCAAAAACCGCCGCUUAGAUUUGUAUUUCAUUUCUAUGUCAGAAAUGAAUACAAUCUCAUUGAAAAUGAUUGUGAUUGUUGUAGUCUACCUAGUGUGUAUACAUGUUUUAAAAUUGUAAAUAUGAUUGUGCAUACUUGUAAAUAUCGGCUGGUCUGUUUUGUUGAUAAUAAAUAUGAUAUCAGA